CCCACACAAUCUCUGCCCAGUCUGUCUCAGUUUCUCUCUUCUCUGCUUCCGUCUGAAGUCGAGGCCGUACCUCGCGGAACUAUUUCCUCAGUUCUGAGACAGAGUUGGGUUCAAAGUCCGUUGGAGAGAGCCGUGAAAGGAGUGGAGAAUCUUCUGCUGGGGAUGUGUGUGGUCAACAGUGGAAGAGACUCACCUCAUGGAAUGGUGGCAAGUACUGCCCUCAUGUUGUGUGCCAUGGCGUCAUCUACUGAGCAAGCUGAGUCUCAAAAUAGAAGGGGACACAUAGCCCUAAAAGAGAUGAAGAAGUACACGGCACUGCUAGAGGACGCUCUUACAAAUGGCCACGUCUCUCUUGACUGUGACGGUGGAGAGGGGAGUGGAGGGGUGGUCCCCGCAAUUAGUUGUCUGGUUUUGCCGAGACGGUGGGCUCUAUUUAUGAAGAAGGUCUGCGACUGUUUCACAAUGGUUUGGCUUACGAGAAACUGCCCAGCGUCUAUCUGGGAUAAUUCAUCUGCUCUCGAAGAGAAACUCUUGAAAGCCAGGGAUUGGGCAAACAGAGAAUUGACCUCAAAGUUCACUGAGGUGCUUAGAAAAACUCCGACGUCAUCUUCAAAUGUUCUUUUUGCUCUCAUGGGUGUUGUGUGCUCCUCUUUGCUCUCACCGACUGGCAGCAGUGAGACUCAAACCGGCAAACACGCCGCGGCGAGGUCUUGUACAGAGUUCCUCUUGUUGACAAUUACACACAUCCAGUGUGUCAUCAAGGGCUCAGAAGUGGAGCAUUCAGUUAACUCUCCUGUGUCCAUCCUCCUCUCCGAUCUGAAAGAGUGUGUGGAUGUCUCAGAAGUAGUGUUAGUAUGUCCACUGCUCAUUGAGACUGCUCUAGCCUGGACUUCCCUCUCAUCUUCUCCAACCACUACUUUUCGAGCUCUGGAAGACUUUGUGUUGUGUCUGUGGAGUCACUUCAAUGCAUCUCCGACGUGGUGUUGUGGAAUUGUUAUGAAUGAAAUCCUGUUAGCAAUGCUCCCAAGAAUGAGUCAGGGUGAAGCGAUUGAUGCCCAACUUGUCGAUUUUGCUGAAGCUUCACAGCAGUCUCAAAGCUUUGAGUACCAAACUGUAGUUUCAUCUCUUGUCCCAACACUGAUCUUUAUGAAGCAUGCUGACCAUUCCCUGGGAGUUCUACACCAUUUGAAAGCUUUACUUGAGAUUCUCGGCCCUGAACAGUUGGAAAUGGAGCAACCUCAGAUUGUGUCCAUUAACUACGUGAACUCCUGUCGUCUGCUGUAUUUGAAUGGAGUUGUUUCAGAUCCAGAUGCAAUGGAGUGUGUUACACACAUUGCAGACCUAGCCACUAAGGCACCUCAUGUGGCUGUCUAUCACUUCUGUCUGGGUUCCCUGAUAUAUGGGUUGAUGGCUAGUGGACACCCAACAGUCGACGAUCUGGCAGAUUCCAUUGCUGUUCGCUGGAUCCAGCAGCUCUCUGACCAAACCUCCACCAAUGAGUUGCUGGUUACCAUGUGGGGGCUGGCUGGACUCAUUGGUGUCAACCCUACAUACGACACGAUGUGGUACAAAGAUGAACUAUCUCUGCUGACAUUUGUCGACACACUGUUUCCACUACUCAGGGACUUCUUAGGGAAGCUUGCUAAUGAAGAGAACCCAGUAGUUGGGGUUCAUGCAACUUGGAUUCUUGGAUGCACUUACCAUCGUCUCACAGCCUUGUUCUCUAGCAUGGAGAGAGUUCCUAAGGAUUACAGCUACCUUCCAGAAGGCACUCUGCUCCCUACACUUCUCUCUUAUGUGACUGACAGUAGGGCUGACAUUAGGCAAGUCAAGUGCCUCUUAUCAGCACUGUUGUCUGUGAGCGAUCCCCUUCCACCCUGCGAUAUGGGCUCAGUUUUGUUCCCGUUUGUGAAAUCAAGUGAGCUCCAAAUGACCUGCGUGCAACUAGUCAUCAACCAGAGCUCUCAUGUGGGAACGAAAAUUCUGGCUGGACACAUUAUGAACCUGAUGCUGGCUGGCAGUCUAAUGACAGAGGCUGAGCUCCAAGUACUUGAGAACCUGUCUAGUUUUGUUCCCUUGCUGCCUGCUGCUUGGAAAUACCUCCAGCCACUUACUACUUUACUAUUGAAACUCUAUCCAACUUCUCAGAAGCAUCUGCAGAGCUUCCUAAUGAGUGUCAAUGAUAGUGUUACUUCUGGCACUACCACCACCACCACCACAAAGUCACUGGGCUACAGUGAAAAGGAGAUGAUACAACAAGUCUGGGAGAGGAUUUGUGGCUGUGGAUGUACCGUGGAGAUUUUUAGCACCGACGGAAAGUUGCUGCUACGGCUUGUGGCAGAAUGCCUUGCAGCUACUGGCUAUGUUCCUAUUUCAUUCGAUGCUUCAGUUCCUGUUGUUCGGACUGCCUUUGAGUGUCUACUGCAGGCCUGCUGGGUAGACAGUGGAACACGUGGUGUUUCAAACCUUUGCAAAAUUAUGCACUGGACCCUUCAACACUAUGGAUUACUGGAAAAUGGAAUCCAGAGAGCGUUGAUGGAAACCUUGGUGGAGGUUAUACGUCAUGUGUCUUCUGUUGGUGCAUCACAGAAAUCACUCGUGAUUCAAACUGAGCUUCUGCACAGUCUCCUGGCAUGGACCAGGACCAAACAGCCAUCAGUUUCCCAGAUGCAGUUGGUGCUGUUUCUGUGUACGGUAGUUGCAUCGCCCACCCCUCCAGGCCUGACCACACACCCCUCUCUCGACUUGGUCCAAUGGCUCGCCUCGUUCUCUCUUCCCGAUACCCCUGUCCUGCAAGAAAAAACACUGCAGUGUUUAGUGGAAUGGUUCGCAUACAGUCAUGAAGAUGUCCACGAAAUCUGUUUGAGUAAGAAAAUAAAAUUGUGUGACGAAUGUUAGUUCACAGUGUUUCAUUGAUUUUAUGUUUGUAGGUCUUUUGAGCCGUUUCACUUCAACUGGUGCCUACCGUAGCCCUGUCUUGUGGACCACUGCAGCCCACCUCUUGUAGACAAAUUGAACGAGAUAGUAAUUAUGUGUGUGUCUGUGUGUUUGUCACAGUUGCUUUUUG